AUGAUCAGUGGCCCAGACUCUUUGUGCAAGAUGGUUGCGCUAGCUUUCUUGGAGUUGGGCAAGCAGGAAGAUGACAUUGCUUGUUUCGACACCGACUUGGACCAUUUCCUCCAUCCAGAAGAAAUGGAGGAUAUUCUCACGAAGCAGCGCACGCAACCUUUGGUCGCGCCGAAAGUGGAGGAGCGACCUCCUGUAGAUGUUCCUCGAGCACGAAUCAAGGCUGGAAAGAGCGCCGCGCAGUCCAUGAUAAUCUCCAUCGAUUCCAUCGCCGCAUCAUCGCCGCGCAUCUCAAGACCGCAGCCUGUGUCAGGUUUGGGUCUCUUCUCCUCACUCUUCUGUGGGUGUAAGACCACUGAUGUCCCCUGGCAGCGAUUUUGCAAGGGGUGCAAUUUGUUUAAACGGGGGAUGGGGUAA